AUGAUUGGGAGGAAGAACAUGGGACGAGCUUCACCAUUACUUCUGGUUCUUUUGGCUCUUGGGUUUUUCUUUGCCACUUAUAAUUUUUUAACUAUGAUAAUCCACUAUAGAUCUGUUGGGAAGUGGGUAGGUGAUAAUUCGCAUGGUGGGUUACUGUCUGACCCCAUUAUUGGGAUGCCUGAGAAUGUGAAGAAAUUCAAGAAUUCCAAGUCACCAUUCCAUGUUGCCUUAACAGCCACCGAUGCUCCUUACAGCAAAUGGCAGUGUCGCAUUAUGUACUAUUGGUAUAAGAAGAAUAAGGACUUGCCUGGAUCGGAGAUGGGAGGUUUUACCAGAAUUUUGCAUUCAGGAAAUCCUGACAACUUGAUGGAUGAGAUCCCAACUAUGGUCGUUGAUCCUCUUCCUGCAGGUCUUGAUCGGGUUAGGCUUCUUGCACUAUAA